AGCAGUCGCGCUUCUGCGUUCGCAUUCGUCGCGUCGUUGCGUGUAUUCGACAUGUCUUAUCGUUCGCGCGAACCAUCGGCGAAUCUGGCCAAGCUUGGCGAAAGGUAAACGAUAAAAGGUGGGGGUCUAAACUACUCGAACUUUAAAUUCGAACACUCGCUAGAUCGUCGACGGAAGUCUUCUCGGUGAAUCCUGAUCUCGCGAACGACAAGGUGCGAUCCCUUCGCGAAACGGUGUAUUCCUGUCUUUAGUUUCGCUGCGAAACGUUGAAUUCGAUUUUCGUCGUAACUUCUCAUCCCACGCAUCGAUGAAUCUUCGUCUUCGAUGCGACCCCGGGAAUUACAGUUGUUGAGAGAGUGCUUCUUCGGCCGAGGUAUACGUAAAACGUCUCGAAGCGAAGAGAAACUCGGAAGGGAUGAGCGUAAACUCUUCUUGACGAUUGUUGGCUGGUGCUACGUUGGAUGCUGAAAUCGAAUUCGAGCAAGCGCGGAUUGGUUUUCUCGAAAAGCGGGAAUAGAAUGACGCGGGUCGUUCGCGAGUGACGAUUUCUUUGAUAGAUCGUUGAUGAUCGGAGGAGCUCGACUGCCGAGACACCGGUGAAAGGUGAAAAGAAAAUCUAGAGAUUGAGAAAGUUACGGAGGUAAGUGGUUUUGAAGACUAAACGAGGAGUUUGCCAGCGACCUUCGAGCGUGAACUGGGGGUUCAUCUUCAGUGGUGUAACUUUGCGUGCUGAAAUUGGAUUUUAAAGAAGAAAAUUUGCCGAUUAGGAAAGUUAGUGGUUUAUGGAAACUAAACCAGGAAUCAAAGAGCAAUUAAAACGACGAAAAAGAGUCUAUAAAUUUAAGAGGAAAGUCUGUGUGUAUUAGGAUUUUAACAAGCCUUUGAAUGUAGUUCAGGUCAAGAUUAAACCUAGUAAUUACAACACAGUGGACGAAGUUGCGUGCGAGAGCGAUCUGUGACAUUCAGCUGACGACUCUUGGGAGAAUAGGUUUACGAGAUAGGUUUACGACAAACUAUAAACACUUUUGGGAUUGCUUUGUUAUCGCAGAAACAUUCACCACCUUCGUCGUUUUCUAGGAACUCGUAUAGGUGGAGUAAUAGUAAAUGGAAAACGUUAAUUUGUACAAAAUUGACCACGCAACUUUCGCAAGAACUUGUACGCAUCCUGUCGGGAGAGCUUGUCACACUAUCCUGGAACCAGUUUGAACAUCAGUCUUUAAAGACAGCUCGGAAUCUCUGUGCUCCAUCAAACUUUCUUUUACACUCUUAAACAUUUAUGGGAGACACCCAAACACUUUUCCGCUAUGUUAUCGUUGCUUCUUAGUUAAUUGGAAUUAAAUUACAACUAUUUCCCUCAAAAAGUGAUUUCGAAAAAAUUCGAGAACAGAUAAAUACAACACGAUCGGUGAGAUGGGAAUCCAAAGAUCGAUAAAGUGAAGAUAAUCGAAGGGUAAUUGUAAGCAUUAGUAACCUUGGAAAAAGUCACACCACCGAAAAGGAAGAUUUUGUAUCCGGUAGUUCGAGUAAUCCUUUCGUGGAAACGCGGCCUUACGCCACUUAAUCUCUUCGGAGCCGUGAGGAGAAGAGCGAGAAGAGCGGCAGAAGGCGUCGUUGAGAUAAUUACGAUCCCUAAGGUGGAUACGAUAGAUUCGCGUUGCAGUCUCGCUUGGCAUAGGACGUAGACGAGCGGAAUAAUCAUAACAGAAGAGAAGGAAGAGGAAGUGCGACGUAAAGAAGGACGUAAAGGGGUAAUAAAUUCGCGACGAGGGCAGCAGAGAUUGCGAGUUAUACCAGGAUAGAGGAGGACGGAAAAUCCAAGCGAGAGGAAACAGUGAAGGAAUCGCUAGGAUGAGCAUUGUGUCCGCGUGGAGAACCUAGAUCUUGGAUUAAAGAAUUGGCGUGUUGAUACUGCAAACGAUGCUCCGGAAUUAAGCUGGAGAAACGAAGGGGGGAAAAUUGGAAAACAAUUGGACAGAAUCGAGUCGAAGGUGUGGGAGGAGCAAUCAAUUGGAGGAGUCUGGUGAACUUAACGAGACGAAGGAGUAAAUAGCCAGGUGAAAGGUUGCCGAGUAAAGGCUUAAUUGCUAUUUAACACGUCGCGAAAUCGAUCAGCGUCUCGUUAAUAAGUCUCGAAGGAACGUUCGGAAAUAAUCGCUGGAACGGAAAGCACGCCACGAGAAUAAGAAAUCCUGGGACGCGGGGGAGGGAACGGAGAGCAAGAAAAUUCCAGCUACGUGAUCGAUAGACAAAGGCGAGGAAGAUGAAGAUAUAGGUUCUUGGAAAUCAAUCAGGGGAAUACUGCGAAGGUGAGGGACUGAUAAUAAUUUCGUGGACCGUUCGAUGGGAUAUCUGGAACCGACAGAGCAGAACCACGGUGGAAGCAUUUGGCCAACGAAGCGAGAAGACAUCGAACCGAGCGUAAAGUUUCCAUGGAACUUGCGAUCCUACCACGGAUAAGAUUACUUUCCAUGGAACGUGCCAGCUAAUUUCGAGUAAUAGCUCCUUUAUAAUUGCCCUCGAACCCUCUCUGGAGAUUACCAUCGGGAUGCAGCUGCGUGCGUGUCUGCCGUUGCAUUAUGCAACGGAAGCGACGAUUUAAUCGACCGGAGACAGCUCGCGCUGAAUCACUUCAAGAUUACCGCCGGGACCGUGUUAAACCCAACAAAGAAACAAAUAAACUUGGGAUUAGCAAACGCUGGUCAACCAACAGAAAUAAUUCCAGGUGGCAAGCCUAAAGCUGCUCUUCUGAAAUUAAUUAAUUCGUUUCUAUAACUGAAAAUCGGUAGGUGCUAUAAAUCGAGGGUGGGAUUAGGUAGUGUGAAAUGCAAAUAUAGUUAUUGUGCUCGUGAUUUAAAAACCUGAAGCAUUGGACGUUUCUGAAUUAAAAUAUAUAUUCAAUGAUGUAUAUUCGAGACAAAUUAUAAAUGACUUCUCAAGGGAAUUGGAAGAAAAAGGAAAAGGAAGAGGAUCUGAUCGGUACAACUAGACAUCAAACAAACACCUGCAGCUGCCCCACGAAAGUAGCAUUUUACCGUGCACCCGUUCAUCAACGAGGAACAGUCAAUUCGAGUAAACUUGAAUGCGAUAAAUUGAAGUUUGAAAAGUUAACAGAGCGUCUGACUCCGUCGAGCUCGGUUCCUUUAACCUCCUCCACUUAACGUCGCGUCUGGUAAAUCAUCGUCUGGGCUUCGAGUUCGAGUGCAACCCGUGGUGCAGCUGUCGACGAGAGAGAGGGAUCGAAGGUUUCGUGAAUCGUACACUUGGACUGGGAUUUGAUAAAGUGAUAUAAAAAUAGAAAAAAGAAGUAGGGCACUUUGGUAAGUGUUCCCGCGUCGAGAAGACAAUUUUAGUUUGCCAGUUCUCGGAAAGUUCUUGCGUCGAAGGGGAUCCGGGCACAAAUGAGUCAAGCUUAAACAAAUCGUCGAGGAAUCCUCCAGCUGCCGUCGCGCGCGGAGGUUGUUGGAAAACGUUGCAGCCGUCGACAGUCGUGAUUCUUAUCGGCGGUCGCGGCUCUGUCAACGUUUCGGUCAGUUUUUCCCUGCGCGUGAUCCGCGAACGACUUCGAGGACGAAAGUGGCUCGGUGAAAACGGUGAAAAAUCGGCGCGCGGUGACGUUUGUACAAAUAUUUGGUGUUUUGGACCGCGCUGCGUGCUGGGAAUAAUUGAAGUGUUCGUCGAGCAAGUUCUCGUUUACGUGAGAGAGGAGUAUUUUUCGUUCGCUGCGACCGCGAACGAGGACACCGAGGAAAGCAACCGUCGUUGGAACUGACGAAAGUGAAAUCGUUCGGUUCGAGAUCCUCGAAGCGCAAUUUGUCAGCUGUCAGGAAGCGACGUUUCGCGAUGACGACCAGAAGCCCGAUCGUCUUGGUUCUGGUCUGGCUCUGGUCGGUAGGUGCAUCGAUCGAGAACACGACUGUCAGAAAAUGCUGUCCACCUGGGCGGAUUUUCUCGGAUCUUCCGAACGUAAGCUGCGUCCCGGUGCCGGUGGGGGCGAUGGAGCUUUACAGCGUCGAUUACGACGGCGUUGCUGUCCAUCGGAAUGGGAUUCCGAACUGCAAGGAAAUCAAGGGCCUGGCCACCACGCCGCUCUAUGUGCUGAACGACACCGACUUCCUGCAGAUGCCGGUCUGUCUCGAAAUUCUGCACAUGCAGUCCACAAAUGAAAGCGAUCCCACAAUAGUCGUGCAUUGUCGAUCUGACAAAGAUAAGGACGAAUUGUAUGAAGCAUCAAAUGAGUCAAUACCACGACUGUUGAACGUCAGGAGGUGUUGUCAAAAAUAUACAAUUUUCGACGUGGCCACGAGAACUUGCGUGCCGUUGUCCGACGUCAUCGGCGAUGGGAAUUAUUCCGACACCAGCGAGUUCACAUCUUUCAUGCCAAACGUGACAAACACUGUGGAUUUUUUUAGAGUCUCCAGAGGUUUGCCUAAUUGUACGCCAGGAGCGAUGGUCACCUACAAAGUCGGUCCUGAAGACAUUAGAUACAAGGAUGGAACCUUACAGGUGAUGUUACCGUCAUCGGCAAACAGCUGGAACGAGUGGUUCCCCAUCACGGAGGAGAACGGCUGUCUAGAGUUGACGAAGGAUUCUCAAAUAAAACGUCAACUCGCGGUUCGUGUUUGCAGGAACUUGGAAUUCUGUCAGAGCAACAGCUGCGUAAGGAAAUGUUGUCCAGAGAAUGGGUUGUAUGCGUUAUAUGGUAGAAAAUACGGUUGCGACGUAACCGACCCGGCCAAGGCUUCAUCGGGAUUUUACAGAACGGUUUCGAAUCUUACGAGUGGGACGUGGGAGGACACAGGAAAUGGACUGCUGGUCGGCUCAGUGUGCAAAAAGGGUAGGUACAUGCUGAAAGCGUUCGAAAUACAAAACCUGACGCAAACAGGAUACCUGCAGCAAGUUGUCGAGUCUCCACCACACCCACACAGCGACUACUGCUUGGAGAUGCUGAACGAAACCGUGAUAGCUGUAAUGUGCUUCCCGGACGAAGCAUACGAUGAAGAAGUCAAUAAAGUCAAGAUCACAGUUACCAGCAUCCUGACGAUAGUAAGUUGCGUGUUCUUGCUGUUGACAUUGUUGGUGUACAUUUGCCUACCUACGCUGCAAAAUCUUCAUGGAAAAACGUUGAUGUGCCAUUCUGCGAGUCUCCUAAUGUCUUACAUUUGUCUUGCCAUAAUGCCUUGGGUGACACCGUUCCGGAGCCCCGAAAACAGCAUCGCAACCACAUAUUGUGCUGUGCUGGGAUACCUCAUGUGCUUCUUUUUCCUGUCAGCUUUCUCUUGGCUGAACAUCAUGUGCUUCGAUAUAUGGCGGACAUUCGGGAGUCUGCGUGGAAAUUUCGGCAGAGGACGAUCCCACGGCAAACGAUUCCUGUUGUAUUGUUUGUACGCGUGGGGCUUGGCGUUGUUAAUCACCGGUUUCGCCAUUCUGACCGAUCAGAUGCAUCUCCUGCCAACAAAUUUCACGCCGUAUUUUGGUACAACGAAAUGCUGGUUCACAACUCAGCCAUGGAUGUACGGUGAACUGAUUUUCUUCAGAGGACCAGUCGCGAUUCAACUGAUAUCCAACGUGGUGUUCUUCAUUCUCACGGCAGAGCACUGUAGCAAGGUGAAAGCUGAGAUAAGAAGGGUCGCCGACCCGUCGGAUCCCAGGAGCAAACGAUUUCACGCUGACAAAACUAAGUUGGUGAUGAACGUGAAAUUAUUCAUCGUGAUGGGGAUUACGUGGAUCGCAGAGAUACUGUCCUCCAUAAUGAACCAGUACACCAGUGUAAGCUGGAAGGAAGCAGUGUUCUAUGGGAGCGACGCGAUAAACUGUCUGCAGGGUGUGCUGAUAUUCAUUUUGUUCGUGUUGAAGCCACGGGUUUACCAGGCGUUGAAGAAACGGCUGGGGUUCGGCCAGACGAAGAAAAACUCCAGUCAGGGAACCUCCACGCUCCAGGAUCCCUUCAAAGUGAAAAAGAGCGCCAGCAACAGCACCCUGACGUCCAGUUGCGCGAUCAGCGUGGCGCCUUGACAAAAGCAAGUGGUUCGCCCGUUUCCGGAAACAAUUUCUUGAGUUCCCGGGUCUAGGUCAAGAACGAGGUCUCGCGAAAGCGAUAAACUACUUUUUUUUACUUUUUAAUACCUUGCUCCUGUUUUAUAGAUUUUUUUUCUUAGCGUUACCGUUCGUUGUUUCUUUUUGUACCUUGCACUUUCCGAGAUUUUUGCGAUUAUAGUUAAGGAACAACGAAUUUCUUUGACAACGAAUGAUAUUUUGGCUUUGAGUGUCCUGGAGUGAUAUCAAUCGUAAGAUAGCUGUAAUUAUGAAUGGAUGUUCUAUAUGCAUGAGCCAGAUGGAAAACUGGUGAGUUGUGUUAGUGUAUUUUGUUUAUCCUGUAGUGGAGUGUAGUGUUUUUAAUUGCGUGAAUGGAUUAUAGUAACUAUCACUGAUUGUACUUGCCAUAGUAUACUAUUAUAAUUGUAUUCAAAUCGAACUCGUGACCUGUCAUGUAGCUAGCAGUACUGCUUUUAAUCGUGUGGAUGGAUUCUAAGAGUAAUCUUGUCUGGAAAUUCUCACUUUUAUAAUAUUAACUAAACGAAACUCGUGAUCUGACAUAUAGUUACCAGAACUAAUUUUUGAUUAUAUGAAAUAUGUGGAUUAUAUGAAUUUUUAGAAUAAUCUUGCCCCUAUAAUGUUAUCUGAUAUAACUGAUAUUCUAUUUUAUAGUAUUGUUGUUAGUUGUAUGGAUGGACCCUAUAAUCUUCAACAUUCUUGUCAUUAUAUACCAUUGUAAUAUUAUCCAAGUAAAAGUUUUUCAAUGUCUUGUACUUAAAUAAUUGUUAAAAUCAUAUUUAAAAAUUCUUGUUAUUACAUGCUACUUUAUUAUUGUCCGAAGUAAUUGUACGACAUAUUGUCUUAUAAUGAAAUGAUAUUGUUUCUAAUUGUAUGGAUUCCAAAAGUUAUGUCUAAACAUUUUUGUCAUUAUUGUAACAUUAUUCGCAUUAAACUUCUGUAUAGUCUAUAGUAA